UCCGGGAUUCCUGGGUUGUUGACAUUACUGCCACGGGUCAGGAACAGUAAGGACCUGACGGACUCUUUCUGAACACGUAGCUACUACCUAUUCAACUCAUUUUACAAUUAGAGGUCUUCUGUUUUUAGCGCACAGGGAAACUCGACUGCAGCACGACUUUGGAUUUGGAAAAGUAAGCCCCAAAGCAAAGACAACCCGCCAUCACCACCAGAAGACGGAAGGAAAAGUGAGGCUCCCACUUCCUGAGGUGUUAGUGACGGAUCUUCUGACACCAUGGACAUGGACACCCAAUCACAAGGCCAGCAGGCAGCAGUACCCUCGUUCCAGCCACAGAAGCCGCUCCAGCCGGACAUGGGCCACAACUCUCUGGCUAACUUCCUGAUUGAGAAGAAGAUUGGGCGGGGCCAGUUCAGUGAGGUGUACCGGGCCAGGUACCUGAUGGACAACACCUCCAUGGCCCUUAAGAAGGUUCAGAUAUUCGACUUGAUGGAUGCCAAAGCUCGGCAAGAUUGCAUCAAAGAAAUAGAUCUCCUAAAGCAACUCAACCACCCCAACGUGAUCAAGUACCAUGCAUCAUUUAUUGAGGAGAACGAGCUGAACAUUGUGUUGGAGCUGGCUGAUGCUGGGGACCUCUCCCGGAUGAUCAAGCACUUUAAGAAGCAGCGGAGGUUGAUUCCAGAGAGGACCGUGUGGAAGUACUUUGUCCAGCUGUGCAGUGCGCUGGAACACAUGCACUCUCGACGGGUCAUGCACAGAGAUAUCAAGCCAGCUAAUGUGUUCAUAACUGCCACAGGAGUGGUGAAGCUGGGAGAUCUGGGACUGGGACGAUUCUUCAGCUCCAAAACCACCGCUGCCCAUUCUCUAGUGGGCACCCCCUACUACAUGUCUCCAGAAAGAAUACAUGAAAACGGAUACAACUUCAAAUCUGACAUCUGGUCGCUAGGCUGCCUGCUCUACGAGAUGGCAGCUCUCCAGAGCCCGUUCUACGGUGAUAAGAUGAACCUGUACUCUCUUUGUAAGAAGAUAGAGCAGUGUGACUACCCUCCACUUCCAUCCGACCACUACUCUGAAGAGCUGAGAAAGGUGGUAGACAUGUGUAUUAACCCCGACCCAGAGAAGAGGGCUGACAUCAUUUAUGUGUAUGAUAUUGCCAAACACAUGCAACGCCAGACGCAGCUGGGCAGCUAAGUCUUCACCGGAGACACACAACGACCUGCACUCCUCUCCUCUCCUCUCCUCUCCUCUCCUCUCCUCUCCUCUCCUCUCCUCUCCUCUCCUCUCCUCUC